AUGGAGAAUCUCACCACUGUCACUGAGUUCAUCCUCCUGGGGUUCCGAGGCGGGCCGUGGUUGCAAGGAACACUAUUUCUAACGUUCCUGGUCCUGUACGGCGUGACCGUGGUGGGCAAUCUCGGAAUGGUUGCCAUCAUCACUCUGGACUCCCAGCUUCACACUGCCAUGUACUCCUUCCUCUGCAGCCUAUCUCUCCUGGAAGUCUGCUAUUCCUCUACUAUCGCCCCCAGGGCCCUGCUUAAUUUCGUCUCAGAGCGGGCAGCCAUCUCCUUCCCUGGCUGUGCCACUCAGUUCUUUUUCCUCUCCCUCUUUGGGACGACAGAGGCUUUCCUCCUGGCCACCAUGGCAUAUGAUCGCUUCAUCGUCAUCUGUGACCCCCUCCACUAUUCCAUGAUCAUGUCCCAUGGAAUCUGCCAUCUGCUGGUGGGGGGCUUGUACCUCUGGGGAGUGGUCAACGCCUUGACCCAAACCACCAUGAUCUUCUGAUUACUGUUCUGUGGGCCCAACAAAAUCGAUGGCUUCUUCUGCGACGUCCUCCCGAUCCUGACCCCGUCCUGCUCCGACACGCUGAGCAACCAGCUGGUCUUGCUCGGCCUGGGUGGCUCCAUCAUCAUGGGCACCUUCUCCAUCGUCUCGAUCUCCUACGUCCUUGUCCUCUCUACCAUCCUGAGGAUCCUCUCAGCAGAGGGACAGAUGAGAGCCUUCUCCACCUGUGUCUCCCACCUGGUGGGCGUGGGUCUGUUUUAUGGCUCUGUCUUCUUCAUGUAUGCCCAGUCCGGUGCCACCUCGAACAUGGAGCAGAGCAAGGUGGUGUCCAUCUUCUACACCGUCAUCAUUCCAGGGCUGAAUCCUAUCAUCUACAGUCUGAGGAACAAAGAUGUCAAGGAGGCAUUGAAGAGGAUCAGGAAGAAGCUCUCUCUGUGA